GUAAGGAACGGGUGGGGGGAGGGCGAUGCUGGCAGUCUCGGAGUAAGUCAGAUAAACAGCUCUUCUUGUUCCCUGCUGUGGGGGGGUUUAAAGCCUGGUGGCAGACAGCCAGCACCAGUGAUGGCACCAACUGUCACUGGCAGCCCCUCACUCUCUGCUGCCACACGGGCUGGAGCCUGUGUGUGUCUGUGUGUGUGUGUGUGUGUGUGUGUGUUGGUUUGUACAUUUAAGUAUUCUCUUACCAUUAGAAGUAGUGUAGUAGAAAGCCUAGGCUGAAAUAUUCACUCUUAAAUUAAUUAGGAUAUUUUCUGAUAUUAUUAUUAUUAUUAUUAUUAUGUAAAUCACUGUUUGGGAAAUUAAUUCAAGGUCACAUUUGAAAUAAUCUAACUAAUUCGCAAAGUAGGGGUGGGUGGAUUAUUUUUAAUAUGGAUACUACCAAUUAGAGCCGAAACGUUGACAGAAAACUAAUCACCAACCCUUUGAUAAUUGAUUAAUUGCUUAGGUCACAAGCAAAUAAACAGAUUCCAGCUUCUAAAAUCUUAUCUUAACUUCUGUUAGCUCAGCACAAAGACUAAAAACUGGGGAAAACAGCUAGUCCAGUUAACAAAAUGUGGGUAUAGAACCUCUAAAUUGAAUUAAUUUACACAUUUUAUCUCGUUUGUUGAGUUUAGUUGUGGUUUUAUGGAGGUUAAAGUGCUGGCCUGUUUAAUGCCAGGUACAGUGACUUCCUGGAUUCUCUAUUGGUUGCUUGGCAACCUCUUGCUGACGAAAAAAAAUCCAGACAAACACAGCGACACAUAAUCCCCCAUAAACAACAACUUGUGGUCAGUUUGUAUGCAUUAAACAAGUGUUUAUUACUGUACUUUAGAGGUUCUGGUAGGUGAAUUUGGAUACAUUUGGACAGAGCAAGGCUAAUUGUUUCCCCCUGCUUCUGGCACAGCCUGGCAGUGGCUUCAUUUUGAACAGAAGAAUAGGAGUGGUAUCAAUCUUCUCAUCGGACUCUUAGCAAAGAAAAUGAAUAACUGUUUUUCCCAAAAUGGUUGGUGUACACUACCAGUGGGGUCCCAGAACCAUUAUACGCAUCAAAAUGCUGCAAUCCCCAAAUUAAUACUAACAUUUUUUUCGUUUGCGCUUGUGUUUGGAUUCAUUUUUAGGUUUGAUAUUGUCGGUUCCUCCAGAAUAACUGAAUCUGGUCUUUGCUCUAUCAAAAUUGACUUUAAAGUCUUUGCUGUCUGCCACAGAGAUCUCUAUAAAAACGCAGUCCCUCCUACCGUACCACUUGGCAGUUGCCUGCUGCAUGUCUCAGCAUUAAGUGAGCCUCUUUUUUUACAGACAGAAUUAGUGUUGUUGAAAGAAAAGUAAUGCCUGCAAAAAAAACAAGGACUGCUGCCCACAAAUUACCAAUGCAAACGCUUCUCCACCUGUGGAUCUUUUUGUGUAUCCCUGAAUGAGAAAGGUGGCGCUUUGCUCGAGUUACUGCACAAGCUAGGAACAACUCUGGCUCUCAGGUUCAGAAGCUGCUGUUUCCCCAUCUGACACUGAAGGCAACGGCUCAGGAAGCUUGGUGACCAGGAACUUGGUCACAACCUUAUAAGACACUCAGCUACUUCCGCUCCGCCACCCACUCCUCCAUCCCUCUCCGUUUCUUUAUCAUAUUUAAUCACCUGCAGUCAGUGGUCGGGCAGAUCUCAGCUUGGUAACGAUUGGCUGUGCAGAGGAGAGGGCGGGGCCUCCUCUGAUGCAUCACACACGUACCAGCGCAGCAGGACAGAUCCUCGCUCUCUCUCACUCUCCCUCCCCCUCUCUCUACCUCUCACUCUGCCUUUCAUACAUACGCCAGAGCGCAGACUGCAGCAGAACGCAGGGCCACAAGGAUUUUCCUCCUCAUACAGGAACAGCCGAGAAACCAGAGAGACAGUUAGCUGUUGAGGAGGAGAGAGACAUAAUUCAUGGAGGAUCCACUGAGGAGUACCUGACACACAAGCUGCCGAGUGUGUAGGUUUGCAUCUGGCUCUUGGAAGCAGUUGUGUGGAGUCCCAUACGCACACAUCCCUCCUUCGGGACCGGCCCACUCCCUCCCUACCUGCCCCUCAUCCUCAUUUAAGGAUAGGAUGCCCGGCUCUGUGCCUCUGUGCUGAGGAGGCGUCGGCGGGCAGCAGCAUGGGCGCUGUGCUGGCCGGCAUCCCCACCACCCCCUCCACCACCGAUCUGCCACCACCACGCUGCCCCACCGAGACGGGCGCUCCCCCCAGCCCCGCUGAUGGGCGAAGACAUUGACGCCACCCCGACGCUCAACCACCGCGGCUUCCUCCCCGACCACAACUAUGUGACUGAAGCAUUGCCUGGUGCUGAAGUGGCGUGUCUGCCAAACAAUUAUCCAACAGUGCUGUAAAGGCUGCUCAAACACAAUGUGCCUCUGGCUGCUCCUGGCUAUAGCCUGAAGAGCUCCGCCCAUCCUGUCCACCCCUCUCCACCCUGGAGUCCUCCCCCAGGAUGUUGAGCCCCAUCCAGGUCCUGUGCUCCGACAUCACUACCCUUUCUCUGGAGCCCGAGCCGUUUGCCUCUUACACUGAAGCUGAUAUCAUCUCCACUGUUGAGUUCAACCACACAGGAGAGCUCCUGGCCACAGGGGACAAAGGGGGCAGAGUGGUCAUCUUUCAGAGGGAACCUGAGAGCAAGAUUGAGCCAUUCUCCCAGGGAGAGUACAAUGUCUACAGCACCUUUCAGAGCCAUGAGCCCGAGUUUGACUACCUUAAGAGUCUGGAGAUCGAGGAGAAGAUCAAUAAGAUCCGAUGGCUGCCUCAGCAGAACGCCGCACACUUCCUCCUCUCCACCAAUGAUAAGACCAUUAAGUUGUGGAAGGUGAGUGAAAGAGACAAACGGCCAGAGGGAUACAACCUGAAGGAUGAGGAGGGUCGCAUCAAGGACAUGUCCACUGUCACCUCCCUACAGGUGCCGGUGUUGAAGCCGAUGGACCUGAUGGUGGAGGUGAGCCCGCGGCGAGUGUUCGCCAAUGCCCACACCUACCACGUCAACUCCAUCUCCGUCAACUCCGACUAUGAGACCUACAUGUCAGCCGAUGACCUGAGGAUCAACCUCUGGCAUCUGGACAUCACUGACCGCAGCUUCAACAUUGUGGACAUCAAGCCAGCCAACAUGGAGGAUCUGACAGAGGUGAUCACAGCGGCUGAGUUUCACCCCCACCACUGUAACUUGUUUGUCUAUAGCAGCAGCAAAGGCACCCUGCGCCUCUGUGACAUGAGGGAAGCAGCACUGUGUGACAAACACUCAAAAUUGUUUGAGGAGCCCGAGGACCCCAGCGCCCGCUCCUUCUUCUCUGAGAUCAUUUCCUCGGUGUCAGAUGUCAAGUUCAGCCACAGCGGUCGCUACCUGCUCACCAGAGACUACCUGACUGCCAAAGUCUGGGACCUCAACAUGGAGAGCAAGCCCCUGGAGACAUACCAGGUUCAUGAUUACCUCCGCAGCAAGUUGUGUUCCCUUUACGAAAACGACUGCAUCUUUGACAAGUUUGAGUGUGCCUGGAACGGCUCGGACAGCGUGAUCAUGACCGGAGCCUACAACAACUUCUUCCGCAUGUUCGACCGGAACACGAAACGCGACGUGACCCUGGAGGCAUCAAGAGAGAGCAGCAAACCCCGGGCUGUCCUGAAGCCACGAAGGGUCUGCGCCGCUGGAGGAAAGCGCCGGAAGGACGACAUCAGCGUGGACAGCCUGGACUUCACCAAGAAGAUCCUCCACACAGCCUGGCACCCGAAUGAGAACAUCAUCGCCAUCGCCGCCACCAACAACCUGUACAUCUUCCAGGACAAACUCAACUCUGAGAUGCAUUAAUGAACGGAUGUCAGCGGUAGAUACAAACGAGUUUACACCUGAACACACAACUAUGCCAGAAUGUACACAUUUAUGGACAUAUACCCACAGGAAUAUGCCUAACACGCACUCACACACGACCAGAAAACAUACACACAUCUAGGUCUACUCUUUGACACACUCCCUCACCUCCUCUCCCCAGCCUCCCAGAACUGAAAGGACCUAGAAAGGGCUAGAAAGGGAACAGGCUGGAUUACGCAGUGGAUUAUGGAUUGCAAAAUUGUCCGAACUGUGGAUUUCUUGAUUGUUAACCUCUGGAUUGUGCUUGAUGGUGUGUUGAUUGCUACAGCUCAGCUUCUGAGGGGGAUAAACCCUUCAGACCAGAGAGACGUUUACAUAUUUGUCUUUUUGGGUUUUUUUUUUUUUUUUUUGGUUCUUCAGGCUCUUUUGCUUUCUCCACCUCCUCCUCCUCCUCCUCCUCCUCCUCCUCCUCCUCCUCCUCCUCCUCUCCUUUCUGUAUUUGUGCGCUCGAGCAAAGCCUAUUCUUAUCCCUUGCCCACUGUUUUGUGUAACAAAAACCCUCUGUGGUUGUCAUCCAGCGGCAGUGAUAAAAAAAAAAUGGGCCAUUUAUGUAACUGGCCGUUUGUUUGAGUUCGGAUCAGCUACCCCCACUUCUGUUUUUGUAACUUCUUGUUAAAUGAUGUUAAUGAUGGUAAUUAUGAUGACAAUGAGAAUUUAAAAUGAUACUGUGUAAUGUGCAAGGAUGAACUCGGGACCCUCCCCCUUAACCUAAGUGCACCCAGACGCCUCUGAGCUCAACUUCAGUGAGGUAAAACAUUUACAGUGCUGCAGAUAGAAGCAGAAGUUAAUAGGUUAUUACCCCGUGGCCUAAUAUGAGGACACACACUCAUAUAUCUGUUCCACGCACUGUGUUUCAGUCAUUAAUGUUUUCUCUGCUGAAAUAGGCCCUUAAACGUCUCAGAUUGUGGAUUCUGCUUCUGGUCUGGGGUUGCGUCGUGUGCUACUUUGCCGUUAAAUACAACUCGAAUCAAGCAAAAAAAACAAAAAAACAAAAAAUGAAGUAAAUAAUUUCAACAAUCAAGCAAAAAGAUGCUGCAUGUAAAACCAAUUUAGCCUAGGUGUUUAUAAAUUGACUGACUGACUGACUUGGCUGCCUUCUUAACCAUUUAGACCCAGCUGUACAAAGGCUUCAGGGGCCCCGGGGGCCCCAUGCAGCACGAGUAACGAUAGAUGACCGAGCUCUCCUACCUUUAUUUGUGUCUUCGGGCACUGAAGCAUGUUUACCAGUGUUCGGUUCAUACACUUACAUGUACAUUUUGAAUGAAGCCGUCCAAGAAUCAGUUUUUCUCUCGACUGAAACUGAGAACCAAGAAGAAUGGGGAAUGUUUUCAUUAAUGUUGUUCUCUCAAAGAAAAAAGAAAAAAAAACCUAAAGGGCCUAAAUGGUGUCUGUAUAUAUCAACUUUUGACAUGUUUUUUUUUUUUUUACAUCCAUAAAUGGACUUCGGACUCGAUCAUCUGUAUCGAUGAUUGCCUCCAAAGCUGCAGCAGAGAGAUGGUCCUUUAAUCUCUUCAGCCUUCCUCACUGAUUACUUUGCGGAUGUGCAGAAGCUUUUAUUUUUAGAGAACAAUUUAUGUUAUUUAUCCUUUCUUUUUCCUGUCAAUUUUACUCCACGUCCCGACCAAACUAAUGUUGAUUCACAUAUUUUUGUGUUAAUGUAUGUUGAUAACAAAAUUGUCAAAUGGACAGUUAUAAAUAAUGUUAAUAUGUUUUUUCUGAAUAAAGAUUUCAACGAAAUUGCAUCCAAUGAGCGUACAUCUGUGAUUUUUAUUGCAAUGUAAUUAAUUAUGUAAGACUGAUAAUAAUUGCCAGUGCCAUUAUGGAAAUGUGUACGCUUUAUAGCUUUCAGUUUAUAUGGGCAUAUAAGGGGGGGUCAUCAUUACAGUCUGUGAUACUACUCGUGUGUCUGAGGCACCACCUUCUGUCCUAACCCACUUAUUACAUCUGGAAACAAAAUUAUUUCCUCCUUAACCUUUUCUGUCAUCACCCCCUCUGGAAGCCUUAAGAAAUUACACAUCAUCUGUUUGCAACUAGUGAUAUUACAGGAGAAUCUAACAGUAAGAGUGGGGUUUUAUUGCUAUAACAUUACUACAUGAUCUGUGUGUUUCUUUUUUUGACUGUUUCUCAGCCUGUUGUGCAAAUAAUGUGAAACUUUGCCCGACUUUCUACUCACAAAAAACAUAUCUCUCCUGCUAUUUCAACAGUGAACUAGAAAGGGUUUAUUUUUCAUGUUUUGGGUUUCACUAAUGUGUUUGAUUAUUUUUUCUUUUCUUCUCUGUUUAAAGUCUGUCCAUCUUGUACUUUACAGGCAAUAUUGCUUUCUGAAUAAAUCUUUCUAACCUGAA